AUGUUAACAGGUGAGAGCAGGGAGCAGGACCGUCAGAGUUGCGAGGGACCGGAUGCCAAGAAUCCCACCAACGACAAUGAAAGAGUUUCAGCUCUCGCUAAGACUCGUGCUCACUUUUCUUCAACCGAUGAAACGGACGAAGUAGACGGAGACAGCAGCGGCAGCAAUAACACUGACACUUCUUCCUCGGAUGACUCGUCGCAUCACAGGCGACGUCGCUCCGAUCACGGCUGUGCAAAGCCGAGGCGCGCAAGGACUGCGUUUACAUACGAACAGCUAGUUGCUCUGGAGAACAAAUUUCGUGCCACGCGCUACCUGUCCGUCUGUGAGAGACUAAAUCUCGCAUUAUCUCUCAGCCUCACCGAGACGCAGGUAAAGAUCUGGUUCCAGAACCGAAGAACCAAGUGGAAAAAACAAAAUCCCGGAGCAGAUAGUAACAUGUCGCCAGGUUCAAACUCUCUUGCUCCCAUUAGCCCGAGUCCAGGUGCUUGCGGGCUCACAUCGACCCCAUACCAAACUUUUCCUUCCCUCAGCUCGGGGAAUAUGAUCUUCCACACCGCUAGCCCCGGGUCUCUGGCAUCCGGCGGCGGACUCCUCCAUUCGUUUCUGCCCAACGGCUAUUUGCAACCGUCCUUCCUCACGCCACAUUUAUGA